UUUUUCAUUGCGUUAGCUGCUUCGCGUCCGUCGGCAGCUUGUACAGAUCUGUGCGUGUACCGGACAGAGAUUGUGCAUCGUGUGCAUCCUUUUGCGUGGAGAAAACCGAAAGUCGAACGAUGAGUGAUCCGAAGAGUGGAGAAGAUUUGGCGACCGCUAUCCUUCGUAAGAAGGAUAGGCCUAAUAGAUUGCUGGUCGAUGAAGCUAUCGCAGAUGACAAUUCUGUAGUAGCGCUUUCUCAAGCAAAGAUGGACGAACUGCAAUUGUUUCGCGGAGAUACUGUACUGCUGAAGGGCAAGAGGCGCAAAGAGACAGUGUGUAUCGUUCUUUCGGAUGACACCUGUCCAGAUGAAAAGAUUCGUAUGAAUCGUGUCGUCAGAAAUAACUUACGCGUACGUCUGAGUGAUGUCGUGUCUGUACAAGCGUGUCCCGAGGUCAAAUAUGGAAAACGUAUACAUGUAUUGCCUAUGGAUGACACCGUUGACGGUCUUACUGGAAAUCUGUUUGAAGUAUAUUUGAAGCCAUACUUCCUGGAAGCAUAUCGCCCCAUUCAUAAAGAUGACAAUUUUAUUGUCCGAGGAGGAAUGCGAGCCGUGGAAUUCAAAGUGGUGGAAACUGAUCCAGGACCGUUCUGCAUUGUAGCACCUGACACAGUAAUACAUUGUGAAGGUGAUCCGAUUAAACGAGAGGAGGAAGAGGAAGCGUUGAAUGCUGUAGGUUACGACGAUAUCGGUGGCGUCCGUAAGCAAUUGGCACAGAUCAAGGAGAUGGUGGAGUUGCCUCUGCGUCAUCCAUCUCUGUUCAAAGCUAUCGGCGUUAAGCCGCCACGCGGCAUAUUGUUGUACGGGCCGCCGGGAACAGGAAAGACUCUCAUUGCUCGUGCUGUGGCGAAUGAAACCGGAGCCUUUUUCUUCCUUAUAAACGGUCCUGAAAUUAUGAGCAAGUUGGCUGGUGAAUCUGAGAGCAACUUGCGGAAGGCAUUCGAGGAGGCUGAGAAAAAUUCUCCGGCCAUUAUAUUCAUCGAUGAACUCGAUGCUAUUGCGCCAAAACGUGAAAAGACGCACGGUGAAGUUGAAAGACGUAUAGUGUCGCAACUAUUAACAUUAAUGGACGGUAUGAAGCAGAGUUCCCAUGUGAUUGUAAUGGCUGCCACCAAUCGGCCGAACAGUAUCGACGGAGCAUUGCGCCGAUUUGGACGUUUCGACAGAGAGAUUGACAUUGGUAUACCGGAUGCCACUGGCCGAUUGGAGAUUUUGCGAAUCCACACGAAGAACAUGAAACUCGCUGAUGACGUCGACUUGGAGGAGAUUGCGGCGGAAACUCAUGGACACGUUGGAGCCGAUCUAGCGUCUUUAUGUUCCGAAGCAGCUCUUCAACAGAUCCGCGAGAAGAUGGAUCUUAUUGAUUUAGAGGACGAUCACAUAGACGCGGAGGUUCUAUCUUCUCUUGCUGUUACUAUGGAGAACUUUAAGUACGCAAUGACGAAGAGCAGCCCGAGUGCUCUACGCGAGACGAUCGUGGAGGUGCCAACGGUUACUUGGGACGACAUCGGAGGCUUACAAAAUGUUAAAAUGGAAUUGCAGGAAUUGGUUCAGUAUCCAGUGGAGCAUCCUGAUAAAUUUUUGAAAUUCGGCAUGCAACCGUCACGAGGCGUGUUGUUUUACGGCCCGCCUGGCUGUGGUAAGACACUAUUGGCCAAAGCGAUCGCCAACGAGUGUCAAGCAAAUUUCAUUUCUGUCAAGGGUCCUGAAUUAUUAACUAUGUGGUUCGGCGAGUCAGAAGCUAAUGUCAGAGAUGUUUUCGAUAAGGCCAGAUCAGCUGCUCCUUGUGUGCUGUUCUUCGACGAACUUGAUUCGAUCGCGAAGUCCCGAGGUGGUACCGUCGGCGACGCUGGCGGUGCGGCCGAUCGUGUGAUAAAUCAAAUAUUGACGGAAAUGGACGGUAUGGGCGCGAAGAAAAAUGUGUUCAUCAUUGGAGCAACAAAUCGUCCCGACAUCAUCGAUCCAGCCAUUUUGCGACCCGGUAGAUUAGAUCAAUUGAUUUAUAUACCGCUACCAGAUGAGAAGUCCCGGGAAGCGAUAUUCCGUGCUAAUCUUCGCAAAUCGCCCGUAGCUAAGGAUGUAGACUUAAGCUAUAUCGCCAAAGUCACACAUGGUUUCUCCGGUGCUGAUCUGACAGAGAUCUGCCAGCGCGCAUGCAAACUUGCCAUUAGACAGUGCAUCGAAACUGAAAUUCGCAGGGAAAGAGAACGGGCAAGUAAUCCGUCUGCAUCGAUGGACAUGGAUGAGGAUGAUCCUGUACCAGAAAUAACGCGAGCUCACUUUGAGGAAGCAAUGAGGUUUGCGCGCCGUUCGGUAUCCGACAACGACAUUCGCAAGUACGAAAUGUUUGCGCAAACACUUCAGCAAUCCCGAGGAUUCGGAACUAAUUUCAGAUUUCCACAAAGUGGAGCAGGCGGUGCUCAAGAUAACACGCAAGGCGAUCAAGCCUUUCAAGAUGAUGGAGAUGACGAUCUCUAUAGCUAAGUUUUCAUUUUCUUGUAUGUCAUUACAGUGAGCAUACGACAAAAGGGCCUGUCUGUUACCGCAUAACACUUUGCACAGGGAUCGUUUCUAAGUGGUACAAUUAAAAUAAAGAGCGUAAAAAAAAAUGGAUAAAAUAAUUGAAAUUUUAUAUGAGAUAUACAUAUAGCUUUGUGUUUGUAGAGAAGGGCAUGAACCCUCCAUGUAGUUAAGAAAUCACUCGGAUAUAAAGUAUCGAUUAGUACCAAAAAC